CAGGUAUUCUUCUACCCACAAAUGAUGGAAAAAAGAAGCCCCAAAGCGGGGGCUUCCAGUGGAUGCUCUUCCGAGGAAAUUUCCCCAGAUAAUCAUACUCAAGAAUUUCUCUCACCUAUCUUUCAUCUCAUUCUCCAUUGUUGCUUCAAAGACCAAAAAAGGUCCUCUUUCUUCUUGCCUCUGAGAAAAAACCCAGAAAUAUGAAAACAGAGGAAAGCGUCCUUGCGAAUCUUGGGAAGUGGGUUGCUAUUCUUUGAAGCAUCCUUGGUGACCCAUCAAGGGAUUGGAUUUUAUUGGCUUGUUCGGUCUGUGGAGAAAGAAAGAACCAAGAAAUGUCAGUUGAUUUCGUGGGAAAUGCGGUGGGAACGGCAUUCGGCGAGCUGUUUGCGCUCGUUAAAGAAGUAGUGCAAACCAUUGCCGCGUUUCAGGAGCAGCUCAAGAAGAUCGAAUCCACUUAGACUCCAUAUACCCAAUCAUGAGAGACAUCGACGAGUUCAAUAGACGGAUGGAUCGUAAAGACCUGGGGAAGAUCCGGGCCCUAAUUAACGAUGGCAAAGACAUGGUCAAGAAGUGCUUGAAAAUCAAGAAGUUCAACCUGUAAGAGAGGUAUAAGUACUCGAAAAAGCUGACCGAGUUCGACGCGACACUCUUCAUGGAGUUCCAGCUUUCUGUGCCGCUGAUGACUGCGAGGAACACCGCGGAGAUAUUGGUGGAGGUGAAGGACUUUCGUGAAGAAUUCAGGAUGCACCAUUCCGGUCGAGCAAACGAUGGGGCCAUCCAGAGUGGGCUCGGGGCUUCGGGCAAUCUCGCCGUCCCUGAGGCACCCGAUUUCAUUGUUGGGUCGGAGGUGGAGGCGUCCGUGAGGACGCUCAAGGGCCGGUUGCUUGAGGAGGGAGUGUCUGUGAUUGUUGUGACCGCCCCGGGGCGGCUGUGGGAAGACCACUCUGGUUGCGAAGUUGUGUCAUGACGUGGACAUUGAAGGUGGUGAAUCGCUGUAAGAGAUUGCCAUUGGCUCUUACAGUCGUUGCCAAGUCUCUCCGAGGAAAGGAUCCUUCAUUCUGGGAAACGAAGCUUCUUGAUUGGUCUGAAAGACGUUCCCUUUUGCGUUCAGACAGUGACGUACAAGAUUGCCUCAGAAAGAGCUUGGAUCACUUGGAUGGUGAAAUCAAGGAACGUUUCUUGGACCUCAGCUCGUUUCCAGAGGAUCGCAAGAUUCCCGCCACUGCCCUUAUUGAUAUGUGGGUGGAAUUGUACAAGUUAGAUUUCAGUGGAGUGCGUGCCAUUGCUGACCUCAAUAAACUUGUUUACAGGAACCUAGCUGAUCUCGUAGUCACCGGGAAAGAUUCAAAUGAGGAUGACGACAAAUGUUACAGUAGCUACUAUGCUAUGCAGCACGAUCUGCUCAGAGAGCUGGCUAUCUUGGAGUGCGACCAGGGGGAAGUAGAGAAAAGAGAGAGACUUAUUUUGGACUUGACUGGAAACAGUUUUCCCAAUUGGUGGAGCGAGCAAAAGCAACCGACUCUCAAUGCUCGUCUAGUGUCCAUCUCCACAGAUAAAACAUUCUCAACACCUUGGCCAAAUUUUCAAUUGCCUAAAGUUGAGGCUCUGGUCUUGAACUUUGAGACCAAUAUUCGAACCAAAACUUAUGCUUUGCCUGAAUUCAUUGAGAAAGCAAAUAUGCUCAAGGCCUUGAUAGUAACAAACUAUAGUUUCUCUCCAACUGAGCUGUGCAAUUUCCACAUCAUCGGGUCCAAUUUAAGGAGAAUAAGGCUUGAACGCAUCACGGUUCCUUUUCUAAGCAUGGGACAGCUACGCCUACACUGUCUGCAAAAGAUAUCCUUUUUCAUGUGCAACAUCAGUCAGGCUUCAACAUCAGAUGACGCCAAAAUCUCCGAUGCAAUACCAAACUUAGUGGAGCUCCACAUCGACUAUUGCAACGAUCUUAUGGCAUUAUCGGAUGACAUCUGUAAGAUAAAACUUUUGGAGAAGCUUAGCAUCACAAAUUGCCAUAAUUUAUCUGCACUCCUUGAACAGAUUGGGCAAUUGGCGUCCCUGAAGUGAUCAGGCUUAAUUCCUGCACAAACUUGUCGCAAGUACCGGACUCAAUUAGAACCCUCCAAAAAUUGAUAUCUCUCAAUAUAUCUGAUUGUCUGAGCUUGAGCACCUUGCCCGAUCAAAUUGGUCAACUGGUUAAUUUCAAUAGCAUGAACAUGAGAGGAUGUUUGAGGUUGUCUCAGCUACCGCGGUCGAUCAUGAGGCUGAGGAACUUGAGGAAGGUGGUGUGUGACAAAGAAAAAGAAGCUUGUGGGCACCUCUCCGGAGCAUUCUCAUAGCUUGAGCAUAAUAGCAUCCGAAGAAGAAGUGGCUAACUUAAAUUGGCUGAACGAUUAAGAAGAGGGUGAUCAACCGAUGAUCUUGAAAAAAAAAUUCCACGUUAAAUAUUGUUUUUGAACUAUAUUUUUUACUAUUUAUAUCUUUUGGCUGUUUGUUGAAUUUAUUUCCUGG